AUGUCCACUCAAUACGCCAGCGAGCCAAAUCCAACGGCAUCGGCGACCCUACACACGACCGUUGGCCCAAUUCACAUCGCCCUGUUCGCCAAUCAGGCUCCUCUCGCCUGCAAGAACUUCCUUCAGCACUGCAAGGACAACUACUAUGCAGGAACGAUCUUCCAUCGCAUUGCGCCCGAAUUUGUCAUCCAGGGUGGUGAUCCCACGGGCACUGGCUCCGGUGGUACAUCCAUCUACGAAUAUCCCGAGUUCGAGUACGACCCGGAAGCGCGCGACCCGAACGAGCGCGUCGUCCUGCGAGAUGAGAUCCACAGUCGCCUGCGAUUCAAUCGGCGUGGGCAGCUGGGCAUGGCGAAGAGCGAGGAUGGGUCAUAUGGAAGUCAAUUCUUUAUUACACUCGCCAAUACCGAGCGUGAAUUGAGUGGGCAAUGUACACUAUUUGGACGCUUGGAGGGCGACAGCAUCUACAAUGUGUUGAAGAUUGCAGAUGCGGAACGCGUGGAGGGUACAGAACGGCCUGUGUAUCCGGUGAAAGUGACGUCCUGCGAGGUUGGAGAGCUGGGACCGUUGGCUGGUAAAUUGAAGGAUCGCAAGGUGGUCUCAACCACAGCUGGCGGAGCCGAGAAACAAGAGCCCAAGAAGAAGAAAAAGGCUGCCAAAGGAGGAAAGGUCUUGCUGAGCUUUGGUGAUGAAGAAGGCGACGAGGGAAUGCCCAUGCGACCCGCAAAGCCCAAGUUCAACACGAAACUAGUCGCGGAUGUACCUGGAUUGACGAACGAUACGACCGCGGCAACAAAACCACAAGCUACAGAGCCAGCACCACGCAAACGAGCACGCUCUCCAUCUCCAAAACGUCCAUCCUCGCCAGAGCGCAAGCAGCGACGUAAGACACCAGACCCCCAGACACAAUUACCUCUCCGAGAUCCCGAAUCACCCUCUCGCUCUCCCACACCAGCAUCCCCACCAGCCAAGGAAUCAAAACUGUCACGAACAAAUGCCGAAAUAGCCUCGUUAAAGGCAUCCAUGCGCCGCAAUGUCGACGUUGGCCCCGCCGAUACAGGCCGCAAAAAGUCCGCUCUAGAAGCAAUGAUCCCAGAAACCGCAACACGCGGCCGUAAGCGUCCAGCACCGGGCACUACAAACGGGGCAUCAUCUCUCUCCGGCGCCAGAACCUCCGCCGAAAAAGCAGCGCUGGACAUGUUCAACGCGUUCAAAGCCAAACUCGAAGGAACAACCACCACCAACACUAGCACAACCCAAUCCCAACCAACCACACACACAAGCAAAGAAAAAGGCAAAUCCCGCGCCAACCCCGCCGAAGACGAAGAAGAAGCGCAACUCUGCGACCUCCACUUCAUCGCAAACUGCCAAUCCUGUCAAUCAUGGGACGACCCCUCCGCCGUGGACCACUCAGACGAAGACGCCCACGAUGCAGGGUGGCUCAGUCACACGUUACGAUUUGGCAAGGACACGCUCGGCAAGGAUUUGAAUUGGAAGAAGGAGCAUCCUGAUGAUGCGGAUUCGUUGAUGGUGAUUGAUCCGAGGGAGAAGGAGAGGGAUCUUGGGGGCCCGAGUGGGGGGCGGAAGAGGGGGUUGCAGAGGGAUCGGGAGAGGGAGAGGAAGAGGGAGAGGGCUGGGGAGAGAGAGUGGGAUCGUGAAGGGAAGUAG